AUGAUGUCCAGUGUGCGCCGGCACAGCCUCCGCCUGCAGAGCGAGCUCCACCGGUGGAGCGUCUGCGACCCCGGCAGUCACCUGCUCACGGACAGCUUCCUCACCCGGGUCCCGGCUUGCAUCUCCCGCUCCAAGUCCUGCACCAGCUCCGCCGGGGAGUCGGACGGAAGCCGCGGGAGCUGGUCCUCCUCAGACUCGUUCAUCUCCACCGACUCCGCCGGGGAUCCGACGGAACCCGGGAGCCCGUACCGGGUGGUGCUUCUCGGCGCCAGCGGGGUCGGGAAGACGUCCUUCGCCAGCAUCUUCGCCGGGGCUGCGGACAGCAUGGACAGUGAUGACUGCGAGCUGUGUGAAGAUGAAGUGUGUGAAAAGGAAAUUGAAGUGGAUGGAGAGCCUGCAACUCUAACUCUGCUGGACACAUGGAGCUCAGAGACUGACAACGCCUGGGCUCAGGAGCGCUACAUGCAGACAGGUGAUGCCUACCUGUUGCUGUACUCUGUAACUGACCGGGCCUCUUUCCUGCGAGCCUCGGAGCUCCGGAUAACCCUGCGCCGCUUCCGUCCUGCCCAGCACACGCCAAUCAUCCUGGUGGGGAACAAAUGUGACCUGGUGCGACGCAGAGAGGUGUCAGCCAGCGAGGGUCGUGCCUGUGCUGCUGUGUUUGACUGCAAGUUUAUCGAGACCUCAGCCGCCAUGCAGCACAACGUCUGGGAGGCUUUUCACGGCAUAGUGCGACAGCUGCGUCUGCGACGGGACUCCAAGCAAGCCAACAAGCGUCGCAGGCACAUAAACUGUAACGCACGCCGCGAGAGCCUUCCUAUGAAGGCCAAGCGCUUCCUCGACAAGGUGGUGGCAAAGAACAAUCCCAGUGUGGCGUUCUGGCUCAAAUCUAAGUCCUGCCAUGAUCUCUCUGUGCUGUAAGAGCCUGAAAGAUGCUCAUUUUUGACCUAUAUGCUAAACCUUUGAGCAGGUUAACAGGUUGCAGCCUGGAGGACAGAAUAUGUGGACACGGGCUGGAGACAAGCCUGCCUGUAAAGGGCCAGAAGUUGGAUGGUUCUCACCCAGUCCACAGUGUGUUCGCAUCUGCCCCCGGCACAGCCAGCGUGGCUUACGUGAGAAGUGUUUUGCAACAUUUCUGCACUGUCAUCCAUAUGUUGCAGUCUGAACUAGACUAAGUGGGCUGCGCUCAGGUUGUCAGCAUGUGUACUGGAAUGGAAAUGAAGUGACAUUUCCAGUCGCAGAGACUUGUGUCUGUGUGGCAUGAAUGUCAAACUGACAGAAGGAUGUGAUGUUCAUUUCUGUGUUUGAACUAAGAAAUUGAUAUUAGAUUUCUCUGUCCUUUCUUCUCGCAGCUCUUUUGCUCUCACACCUGCCAAAUAUGUCAUCUGUCGACCCCUAAGUGCUAACAUUGCCGGUUGUAGGCUAUUGAUGAUGUCAUUUUUUUGUAUGAUGAUAAUUCAGUAGUUAUUUUGAGUUUAUUUCUAACGUGUUGUAUU